GAGUCAGCUGAGCUGCCUGGGCGAGGUUGUGAUCACCUGGGAUCUGCUGAGGGGAGCCUGUAAUCUGUGUUGGGACUGGAGCUGGGGUGCAAAACUGCGCCAUAGUCUAGUUGGGGCUCCUCGAUCGUCUCGUCCUUUACAGAGAAAGCGAAAAGGGCCUCAGAAUUUUUAAAAGGUUCUCAGGAUCUGUCAGACGCUGGGGAAGCUCAGCUUGCAAAUCCAGGACGACCGGGGUGCCCGUUGUGGCCCCCAGGCCCCGGAGCAGAGAUCCAGAGUUUGAUUGCCAUGGCGUCCAUCCUGGAUGAGUACGAGGACUCAUUGUCCCGCUCGGCCGUCUUGCAGACCGGUUGCCCCAGCGUGGGCAUCCCCCAUUCUGGGUACGUAAGUGCCCACCUGGAGAAGGAGGUGCCUAUCUUCACCAAGCAGCGGAUUGACUUCACCCCCUCGGAGCGGAUCACUAGCCUCGUUGUCUCCUGCAAUCAGCUCUGCAUGAGCCUAGGGAAGGACACACUGCUCCGCAUUGACUUGGGCAAGGCAAGUGAGCCCAACCGUGUGGAACUGGGACGCAAGGAUGAUGCCAAAGUCCACAAGAUGUUCCUGGACCAUACUGGCUCUCAUCUGCUGGUUGCGCUGAGUAGCACCGAGGUCCUUUACAUGAACCGCAAUGGACAGAAGGCCCGGCCCCUGGCUCGCUGGAAGGGACAGCUGGUGGAGAGUGUGGGUUGGAACAGAGCCCUGGGCAGCGAGAGCAGCACCGGCCCCAUCCUGGUCGGCACAGCUCAAGGACAGAUCUUUGAAGCAGAGCUCUCAGCUAGUGAAGGCGGCCUCUUUGGCCCUGCCCCGGAUCUCUACUUCCGCCCACUGUAUGUGUUAAAUGAAGAAGGGGGUCCAGCCCCUGUAUGCUCCCUUGAGGCUGAGCGUGGCCCCGAUGGCCGAGGCUUUGUCAUUGCCACCACUCGGCAGCGUCUCUUCCAGUUCAUAGGCCGAGCAGUGGAAGAUGCUGAAGCCCAGGGCUUCUCGGGGCUCUUUGCUGCCUAUACAGACCACCCACCCCCAUUCCGUGAGUUUCCUAGCAACUUGGGGUAUAGUGAGUUGGCUUUCUAUACCCCUAAGUUACGCUCUGCACCUCGCGCCUUUGCCUGGAUGAUGGGAGAUGGUGUGCUGUAUGGCUCACUGGACUGCGGGCGUCCUGACUCGCUGCUGAGUGAGGAGCGAGUGUGGGAAUACCCGGCAGGGGUCGGUCCUGGGGCCAAUCCACCCUUAGCCAUUGUCCUGACCCAGUUCCAUUUCCUGCUGCUGCUGGCAGACCGGGUGGAGGCUGUGUGCACACUAACAGGGCAGGUGGUGCUACGGGAUCACUUCCUGGAGAAGUUUGGACCACUGAGGCACAUGGUGAAGGACUCGUCCACAGGUCACCUCUGGGCCUACACUGAGCGCGCGGUCUUCCGCUACCAUGUGCAGCGUGAGGCUCGGGAUGUCUGGCGCACCUACCUGGACAUGAACCGCUUUGACCUGGCCAAAGAGUAUUGUCGGGAGCGGCCUGAUUGCCUGGACACGGUCCUGGCCCGAGAGGCUGAUUUCUGCUUUCGCCAGCACCGCUACCUGGAGAGCGCCCGCUGCUAUGCUCUGACCCAGAGCUAUUUUGAGGAGAUUGCCCUCAAGUUCUUGGAGGCCCGGCAAGAGGAGGCGCUGGCCGAGUUUCUGCAGCGGAAACUGGCCGGCUUGAAGCCGACGGAGCGUACCCAGGCCACACUGCUGACCACUUGGCUGACAGAGCUCUACCUGAGCCGGCUCGGUGCUCUGCAGGGUGACCCGGAUGCUUUGAGUCUCUACCGGGACACACGGGAGUGCUUCCGUACCUUUCUCAGUAGCCCUCGGCACAAAGAGUGGCUCUUUGCCAGCCGGGCCUCUAUCCACGAGCUGCUCGCCAGUCAUGGAGACACAGAGCACAUGGUGUAUUUUGCAGUGAUCAUGCAGGACUAUGAACGGGUGGUCGCAUACCACUGCCAGCAUGAGGCCUACGAGGAGGCCUUGGCUGUGCUUGCCCGCCACCGUGACCCCCAGCUCUUCUACAAAUUCUCCCCCAUCCUCAUCCGCCACAUCCCCCGCCAGCUCGUAGACGCCUGGAUUGAGAUGGGCAGCCGGCUGGAUGCUCGGCAGCUUAUCCCUGCCCUGGUGAACUACAGCCAGGGUGGUGAGGCCCAGCAGGUGAGCCAGGCCAUCCGCUAUAUGGAAUUCUGCGUGAAUGUGCUCGGUGAGACCGAGCAGGCCAUUCACAACUACCUGCUGUCACUGUAUGCCCGUGGCCAGCCGGCUUCACUUCUGGCCUACCUGGAACAAGCUGGGGCCAGCCCGCACCGUGUACAUUAUGAUCUCAAAUAUGCACUUCGACUUUGUGCUGAGCACGGCCACCACCGUGCCUGCGUCCACGUCUAUAAGGUGCUGGAGCUGUAUGAGGAGGCUGUGGACCUGGCCCUGCAGGUGGAUGUGGACCUGGCCAAGCAGUGUGCAGACUUGCCGGAGGAGGAUGAGGAACUUCGCAAGAAACUAUGGCUCAAGAUUGCCCGGCAUGUGGUACAGGAGGAGGAAGACGUCCAGACAGCCAUGGCCUGCUUAGCCAGCUGCCCCUUGCUCAAGAUCGAGGAUGUGCUGCCCUUCUUCCCUGACUUUGUCACAAUCGACCACUUCAAGGAGGCAAUCUGUAGUUCCCUUAAGGCCUACAACCACCACAUCCAGGAGCUGCAGCGCGAGAUGGAAGAAGCCACAGCCAGUGCCCAGCGCAUCCGACGAGACUUGCAGGAGCUCCGAGGGCGCUAUGGCACUGUGGAGCCCCAGGACAAGUGCUCCACCUGUGACUUUCCUUUGCUCAACCGACCCUUUUACUUGUUUCUCUGUGGCCACAUGUUUCACGCUGACUGUCUCCUGCAGGCUGUGCGGCCCGGCCUUCCUGCCUACAAGCAGGCCAGACUCGAGGAACUGCAACGCAAGCUUGGGGCUGUGCCUCCUCCGACCAAAGGCUCCGUGAAGGCCAAGGAAGCCGAAGCUGGGGCUGCAGCGGUGGGGCCCAGCCGGGAACAGCUCAAGGCUGACCUAGAUGAGCUAGUGGCUGCUGAGUGUGUAUACUGUGGGGAGCUGAUGAUUCGCUCUAUUGACCGGCCCUUCAUUGAUCCGCAGCACUAUGAAGAGGAGCAUCUUAGCUGGCUAUAGGAAGUGCCCCCGCGUGGGUGGACAGACAUGGAUCCAGCUGCCAGACCCUCCCGGGAAGGCCAGGCCUUGGUUGGUGUUCUGUUCUUGAGCUUGCCGGGUCUGCGAUUGUGAGGGGGUUGCAGCCAAGCUUCAGCCGGGAGGUGUCAGGUACAAACACGUUCUGUGUUCUGCGAGCUUUGCUUCAGAUCUGUCUUAGAGCAGCCCGAGCUGGUGAGAUCAGCCAUGAUCCUUUUAAUCCACUACAUCUAACAGUUCCUCUGUUCUUGUCAGCAUGUUCACCUGGACUGAGUGGCCCGCUGUCUUUCCUUCCUCCAUCCCUCCACAGCCUCUGGACCUCCAGCUCGCCCUCGUCUGCCUCAGACAGGCGACCCAGGAGCAAGCAGGCAGACCCUAGGCAUUUGUGGGGAGGGUAGUACUAAGGGUGGGCAUGUGGAGAUGCUAAUGUGACCUGGGGCUCCAGUGUCAGGUACCCUGAGGUUGAGGGCACACCUGGGACAAGGGGAAAUGGCAACAAGCAGAGGGCAUUAAAAUGCGCUACAGUGAUGGCUCUGGACUUGAUGGCUUGGUGUUGAUGCUGAAGCUAACAGGAUGUGAUCCCAAGAAUGGAAUGCCACAAGAAGGCUGCCUGCACGGGUGUGCUGGCAUAGGACAGGUCAGGUCAAGGCCAGCCCAGUCUAUAUGGUAAGUUCUAGGCCAGCCAAGGCUACAUAGACAUCCAGGGUCCUGCAAGCCUUGGCACAGGUCCUUCACUGGGGGUGAGGCAGGACACUUGUUCCCUUCUCUGACUAUAAUGUUUAGAGAUUACAGUCCCUCUUCCUAAAUCCUGGAGCUAUUCCCCCCUCUGGCUGGCAGGUGGCGCUGCUGCUCACGGAAUUCAUCCAAUUUUGGCACCUUGGGGCACAAAUUCUCUAACUAGUCUUACUAAUGCUUCCUCGGCCAUUUCCUUCCUAGUUGUUUCAAGAAUUUUCUAGAAGUGCCUGUUGCCUGGUCAGGUUCUAAGCCCUUAAUUUUUUCUCCACGUGUUUUUUAUUAGCAUAUGUUACAUAUAACAUAUGGGCUCCUUGAGUCAUGCUCACCUACUUUCCCUGUCUCCCACUGGUUCUCCUCAUCAUCAUCAUCCUCUUCCUCACUUCCAUUGUCACGUCUGUAUUGUGUGCAGGCGAGCAUACAUGAGCAUACGUGUGGGUGUAGUUGAGCCAGCCUCACUUAACAGGCACUUUACCAGUGUUUGCACCACUAAGGAAACAAGAAAAUACCUCUUCCUCCCCGUCCUUCAUGCCAGUGGAAAUUGACUGAGUUCCAGUGCCCGGAACAUAGGGUGCCAGCCACCACCUUUCCUUCUUCUCUUCCUGCCGCUUCUGUAGUCUUCCCUGAGCCUUGAGGAGGUGUGGCCUGACUCUCAUUUAUAGCUGUAAGUCUCUUGCUCUCUCCGAUAGACUGGAUUCCCUGCCAGACUGGGCCUGGCUUUGCUGUGGGCACUGUGGAGCUCUGUGGCAUUUGAUCUGUCUUCUCCUUAUCUUGCUCCUAUGACUUUGUCUCUCCUCACCCCGAGACAACACUUUCUUAGUUUUAGUUGGGGCCAGAAGCUACAUCCUGGAACAUCCAAUGUGAGUGAGUGUUCCUGUCCCUAAGCAGGAGCUCAGCUGAUCUAGCUUAUAAAUGUUCCUUUUCUCCUCCAAUGUAAUCCUGUCUCAGAAAUGGCUCUUCUUACCGUGUUUGGCCCUCUAGAACAGGAAGGUCUCCCAUGGUCUCUGCCAGCCCAGAGGGCUCAGUUACCUACACAAUGACUCACAAAGAUCCUGUCUUCCAGAUGCAGGGGUAGGAGCAGCUGCGAGGCGGCACCCUUUUUCUGGGGGCAUCCUAAUCCUACUCUCUCAAGGAAGAUGUGGGAGAAAUUUCUUGUAUCUCUUCUCCAUGUGGCUCCAGGCCGCGUCACACUUAGAUAAUAGGAGGGAAGCGCCAUGGCCAAUGUGGUACUGAGUGGAAAGCCUUGGUCUCCCACCGAACUGCUUGCUUGCUUGUGGUUUAGAUAAAACAGCUUGGAACUGCUGUCUUUGUGCAUAACGGGGCUAAUACAUGUUAGUUAAACAAACACUGCCCUAUUGCUCCCUUCUCCCUGAAGGUUUGGCUCAAGCGGCCUGGGACGCCCCUGCCCCUUCUGUCUUAUACUAAACAACCCAUCUGGUCCUAGGCCGCUUCCUCUUUCCUGGGAAAAGGCCCCAGCCUUCCCUGGCACUGAUAGAAUGGGGUUCCGGUGAGUCAGGGCAACGGGAAGCCACAGCUCUUAGAUCCCUGGAAACCAAGCAAGACUUGGAAUAGAGAGCGGAGAGAAGGCCCUUGGGGCUCUGGCCCUAAGCCUGGGGAGGGGCCAAAGAAGGAGGGGGAGGGAGCAGUUGUGUAGGCAGGGGCCAAGAUGAAUGAGCUGCCUCUGGAGCCUGGAAAUAGGAGGUCACUGGAAAUAGAAGGAGUGGCCACGGGCAGUGACGCUGAGAUGAGGGCAGGAGGCCUGUAAACAAGGAAGCCACCUGGGGGAGAUUGAGGGCGGCCUCUGGUCCUGGGGAGCAGGUGCUUCCUGAGGCCCGCCCUUGACAGGGCCCUAGGGGCCGCCUCACCAGUUGUCCUCGGGCACUAGGGGGCGAUGUGGACUGGCAUCCGCACGGAACUGCUCUCAAGUGGAGCUUCUAAGGGGUGUGGCCAACGGAGGGUGUGCCCAGCCAGAGCCCUAGAGCCACCCCCACCCACCUGCCCUCCCUCCUGUCCCCAAAGUGCACUGGCCAAGGGCACCAGCCCAGACACUAAAGGAGCAGGGCUCAGCCUGGGUGUGAGCUCAUUUCUCCGUGGAUACCAAUUCUCUGGUUCCUGCCCCUCCUAAGACUCAGGUCUCAGUCCAGAGCCUGGCACCAACUCUGUUGGUUGGGAGGGGGCUCAGAAGCCACCAAGCUCCUGGCUGCCCUUGGCGCUGCUCCCCCAUCCCCUGGCGCCAGGGAAACAAAAGAUUAGGGGCCCAGAGGGACUUAUCUGGCCCCACCACCACUGGGCGGGAGGAGGGGGCAAGAGGGGGCGCACCUCCUCUCCACUCCAGCACUACUGAUUCUUCGAGACACUUUCACAGGCGGAAAUUCCCAGAGGUCAGAGGAGGGAAACGGUUAAUUCCUUUUAUUCAAUGGCCCCCCCUCCAAGCCACCCCCUAGCUUCCUCCCUCCACUUCCCGCCCCCCCCUGUGUGAACAGGAAGUGGAGAGGAAAAGGCUCUGAGGAGAGCAGCUGGGAGCAGGAGGCAGGGAGGGAGCGGGCAGCAGGCCCUGUGCCAGCCCUCCCCUCAUGGUUGUUUGUUGGAGGGGGGAACAACUGUGGCCGUGUAUAGAACCUGAAGUCUUGAUUGGCAAGGGGCACCUGAACGAGAGCAAAGCCCACCCUCCAAGCCCCUGCCCUCCAACCUGUUGUCAGGCCAGAAGCUGGUGUCCUGCCAGUGCAAGCCAUCCUUUGCCCAAGCCCCGGCUGCCUUGGCCACUGUAUCUUACCCAGGGGGCUGGGCUGGUUACCUCAAGGCUGGAGAGCAGCAAGCAAUUCAUACCAAUCCUGGCACAGGGCUCUACCACUCAUCCCCUUGGCCCUGCCAGUCCUUUGAAGCUCAGUCAAAGCUUCCUGUUUGGGGCAGGCGAUGCCAAGGCCCCUCCCCCACCAUUGUUCUGUAGAGACCAUAGGUCCAUCUGUUGCCCCCAUGGUGGGGCCCCUAGGCAGUACCACACGGGAGCAGCACCACAAAAGACCCUGCUGGCAGCUUUUCUCGCUGUGAGCAAGACCGUCCCCGCAGCAGGUUGAGGAUAAACAGCCUUCGCAAGCAGGCCCUAGAGGGGCGGUGAGAUAGGAGGAUGCCAGUGAGUAGCUCUGGAGCAUGGUGGGCAUCUCCUGCCCUCUGCUUCCUCCUACAUCUGAGCGUGGAGAGGAGGAGGCGUGAGCCGCCAGGAAAGGGGCAACAUUUUCCUGCUCGGAUUCCAAAUGGGAAAAGUGAUGGAGGGGGCAGCCUUUGAUGGAAGAGAUGCCCCACUGUUGGUGGCUUGCUCUUCCUGAAUAGCGUUGCCUUCGCUCAGUUCUUGCCUUGAAGUGACCCUUGAGGCAAGCAGCCAGUACCCAUUCUCAGAUAUCACAGAAUGUUAAACAACCCCAGGUUGGUGGCCAGCAGCUGAUGCCCACUGAGACCAAGCCAGGGCAGGAAAAAGGAAAAGGACCUGCUCUGACUCCCAGGACAGUGGGGUCCCUGGUUCCCAGGCUGCUGGGGCCAAAUGUGCUUCCCAGGCACAUAGCAGGUGCCACAUGGUCUCUGCAUCUCACUCUUGCUCCCAACUCCCUACCGUGGGCCAAUUUCACAUUUUAGGCUGUUUCCCCCUCACUUCUCCACAGGGGUUAAAACUCAGAUAUGGGCUACCCCACGUCUCUCAUCAUCCGCAGCUCAGAACUCAUCUUGCUCCUGCCUCUCAGAAGCAGCUGGAGCCCUGAAGCCUUAGCUAGUGUUGUGGAAACUCAUCCCCAAAGUGUUUUCUGUCUCCUUCCACCGUGUGGUUCCCAGGAAUCAAACCCAGGUUGUCAGAUUUGGUACCCAGUACCUUCACCCACUGACCCUCGUACUCGGCUUCCAUCAGUAGCCAAAGAGGCUUGAGCUGAGGGCUAGGGACGUGACCCAGAAAGAACAGGUAGAAACCUUUCCCCUGGGUUUAUCAGCCUAACCACACCCCUGAUUACAGUUUUUUUUUUUUUUUUCCUCCUGCAAGAGGAGAAUAUAACAGACCUUCAACAGCCAAUAGAAAGCC